CCGCACUCGCGCUUCCCUAACGCCCGCCCGCCGCUGCCGGCCCCACUUUCACUUUCGGUCCCGGGGCUGACAGGCCGGCGAUGGCGGCGGCGGCGCGAGGUAGGUUGAGCAAGAAGAUGGUGUUGCUGCCCCUUGGAAGGCCAUGUACCAGCUUGCCAUUCCUGCUUCCCUUGCUCGUGGCCCUCUUAGUCCUAUCAAGUCCCUCACUGUGUCAGAGCCAUGAAGCAACAUCUCCCACAACAAGGCACGGGACACCGUUUCCAUGGGACAAAAUGAGGCUACCCAAGCACGUCAUUCCGGUUCAUUAUGACCUCAUGAUCCAUGUAAAUCUCACCACGUUGACUUUUUGGGGAAUCACGGAAAUUGAGGUGACAGCCAGCCAGCCCACCAGCACCAUCAUCCUACACAGUCAUCAGCUGCAGGUCACCAAGGCCGUCCUCAGGAAGAGAGCUGGAGAGAGACUGCUGGAAGAUGCCUUGGAAGUCCUGGAGUAUCCGCCCCAGGAGCAAAUUGCACUUGUGGCACCUGAGCCCCUCCUGGCGGGGCUCUCGUACACCAUCAUCAUUGACUAUAGCGGCAACCUGUCCGACAGUUUCCAUGGCUUCUAUAAAAGCACCUACCGCACCAAGGAAGGGGAAGUCAGGGUCCUUGCGUCAACCCAGUUCGAACCCACUGCCGCUAGAAUGGCCUUUCCCUGUUUUGACGAACCUGCCUUCAAAGCAAAUUUCUCCAUAAAGAUCAGAAGGGAGCCUCGGCAUCUUGCCAUCUCCAAUAUGCCGCUGGUGAAAUCGGUGCCUGUUGCUGAAGGACUCCUAGAAGACCACUUUGAUGUCACUGUGAAGAUGAGCACCUACCUGGUGGCCUUCAUUAUCUCUGAUUUUGAAUCUGUCAGCAAGGUGACCAAGAGUGGAGUGAAGGUGUCUGUGUAUGCUGUGCCAGAGAAGAUAGACCAGGCGGAUUAUGCGCUGGAUGCUGCGGUGACUCUUCUAGAAUUCUACGAGGAUUACUUCAGCAUUCCGUAUCCCUUACCCAAACAAGAUCUUGCUGCCAUCCCUGACUUCCAGUCAGGUGCCAUGGAAAACUGGGGGCUGACAACCUACAGGGAAUCUGCCCUGCUGUUUGACCCAAAGAAGUCCUCUGCAUCCAGCAAGCUGGGCAUCACCAUGAUUGUGGCCCAUGAGCUCGCUCAUCAGUGGUUUGGGAACCUGGUCACUAUGGAAUGGUGGAAUGAUCUCUGGCUAAAUGAGGGAUUUGCCAAGUUUAUGGAGUUCAUAUCUGUCAGUGUGACCCACCCUGAACUGAAAGUUGAAGACUACUUCUUUGGCAAGUGUUUUGAUGCAAUGGAGGUCGAUGCCUUAAACUCCUCACACCCAGUGUCCACGCCUGUGGAGAAUCCUGCUCAGAUCCGGGAGAUGUUUGAUGAUGUCUCUUAUGAAAAGGGUGCGUGCAUUCUGAACAUGCUCAGGGAUUACCUGGGGGCUGACGCCUUCAAGAGUGGGAUUGUGCAGUAUCUCCGCAAGUACAGCUACCGGAACACCAAGAACGAGGACCUGUGGAACAGCAUCGCCGGCAUCUGCCCUCAGGAUGGCACGCAGAAAAUGGAGGGCUUCUGCUCUAGAAAUCAGCAUUCAACGCCUUCAACUUCACACUGGAGCCAGGAAGGCCUGGACGUGAAAGCCAUGAUGAACACGUGGACGCUGCAGAAGGGCUUUCCCCUGAUAACCGUCACCGUGAGAGGGAGGAACGUGCAUGUGGAGCAAGAACACUACAUGAAGGGAUCUGACGGCGCCUCAGAAACCGGGUAUUUGUGGCAUGUGCCAUUGACCUUCGUUACCAGCAAAUCAGAUGGAGUACAGAGAUUUUUGCUGAAGACAAAAACAGACGUGCUCAUCCUUCCGGAAGCGGUGGAAUGGAUCAAGUUUAACGUGGGAAUGAACGGCUAUUACAUCGUGCACUAUGAGGAUGACGGAUGGGAUUCUCUGACCGGACUCCUCAAAGGAGCACACACGACGGUCAGCAGUAACGAUCGGGCGAGUCUCAUUAACAACGCCUUUCAGCUUGUCAGCGUGGGAAAACUGCCGAUUGAAAAGGCCCUGGAUCUAACCUUGUACUUGAAGCGCGAAACUGAGAUCAUGCCCGUGUUCCAAGGCCUGAAUGAGCUGAUCCCGCUGUAUAAGUUAAUGGAGAAAAGGGAGAUGAGUGAAGUGGAAAAUCAGUUCAAGGCCUUCCUCAUCAGGCUGCUGCAGGACCUCAUUGACAGGCAGACGUGGACAGACACGGGCUCGGUGACAGAGCGGAUGCUGCGGAGCCAGCUGCUGCUCCUGGCCUGUGUGCGCAAGUACCAGCCCUGCGUGCAGAAGGCCGAGGGCUACUUCUCUCGGUGGAAGGACUCCAACGGCACACUGAGCUUGCCUGUCGACGUGACCUUGGCAGUCUUUGCUGUGGGGGCCCAGAAUACAGAAGGCUGGGAUUUCCUCUAUCACAAGUAUCAGUCAUCUUUGUCCAGUACUGAGAAAAGCCAAAUUGAAUUUGCCCUGUGUACAAGCCAAGAUCAGGAGAAGCUUCAGUGGCUACUGGAUCACAGUUUUAAGGGAGAUGUAAUAAAAACUCAGGAGUUCCCGCAUAUUCUCUCCAUGAUUGGCAGAAAUCAAGUGGGAUAUCUGUUGGCCUGGAAAUUUUUGAGGGAAAAUUGGGACAAACUUGUACAAAAGUUUGAACUUGGUUCACAGUCCAUAGCCCACAUGGUAAUGGGAACAACAAACCAGUUUUCUACGAGAGCACGGCUUGAAGAGGUUCAAGGAUUCUUCAGCUCUUUGAAAGAAAAUGGUUCUCAGCUCCGUUGCGUCCAACAAACAAUUGAGACCAUUGAGGAGAACAUACGCUGGAUGGACAAGAACUUUGAUAAAAUCAGAAUGUGGCUGCAGAAUGAGAAGCUGGAACUCCAGUAGCUCCCUGCCUUGCCGGGAUGCUGCGUUCCAUAGGCCUCAGAGUUCUGCGCAUGUGGCCACUUUCAAAUGCUCGCACAGGCUGAACAUUUCUCCCUCCCUUCAACUCAUUGGUCCGGCCAUUCCUAGAAAAGCUUCGGCUGUUGGGUUUCUCAAUGUGCUUUUCUGCCCCCAGAUUUCAUGCACAGGUGUUGCCUGCAGUGUAGAGGUAGUGAGUCUCCAAACUCAGUGUUGUGUUCCUUUCUUUUGUGUUAUGCUUAAACCUUCCAGCAUACACACCCUACUCUCCCAGGCCUCAGUCAUCCACAACCCGUCCCCUCCCACUCCUGGGAGGACUCCCGAUACUGUGAAGACUGAACCCACACUCACUUGGAUCCUGGCUGAGGCCACCCUUGCUGUGCUGGCGGCCACCCCCUCAGCUGGGCUCCAAGCCAGGGGUAGGGCCCUCUGGAUUCUGGUCAGGGGGCAGCUGCAGGGGCUUGGGGUUGGAUUGGAGGGAGGAAUGGGCAGUGGUGGUGAAUUCUCUGGUCUCCUCACAGGUGGCUGUCUGCAUCGAAGG